GAAGAGAAAAGAACAGAAAAGGAAACUUUGAAUGAUUUACCUCCAAGGAUUGUAGAUAUUAGGGUCCACUCCACCAUUGUUCAUACUCUAUACUCCGACUUCAUAGUGUUGCAAAACCAGAACCUCCCCUUAGUUGCUGCCGAUUCAUGUUCAUUCUAUUGGAAUAAAUCGAUGAGAAUCAAUCCGCAGUAGAUGCAUUUUCGCAUUUGAUUGGGAAAAGAGAAUGUGUUAGAGCAUUUGGGUGCUAUUGAAAUUGCAGAAAAAUGGCGGAAUGUGCGACUGUGCCAUCGAAUUUCAAGCUGCAGUUGCAUAGAAGUAAUUCUAAAAGGUCGUGCUUUCAACCCCAAAAAUCAUUUCCCAAAUUGUUAUCGAGCACAAAUUCUAUGUCUGUGUCAGUCCCUCUAUGGAGAGUCAGCAAGCUUACUACUACAUCGAUUUCAGUUUGUAAUUCCAGAACUCCUGUUUCUAAUGGAAGUCCCAUGAGAUGCAGCUGCUUGGGAACUAUGAUAAAUUUUGAGAGCGCUGCUGCAUCUAAUUGGGUUCCUGUCAUUGACCAAGUGCUUCUGACUGCUAGUGUAGUCUUUGCUUAUAUGGCUGGAGUCAUUCCUUCCGGAGGAUCCUAUGUAAAAUCCCAAAAGAAAAAGUUAAAUGACCCACUGCUUCCUGAAAGUCCCAUGUUUUCCGGUAGUACAACAAAAAAGGAAGAUCAGCUUGUGUAUCAAUGUCCCUGGGAUGUAGUGAAAGGGAAAAUAACAAAGUCUCUUCUUGCUAUUGAAAAUGGUGUUAUUGUGGAAGAAAGUUCCAUAGAAUAUGAAUUAGAUCGUGCAAAGAGGCCUCUUAAUUUGUAUGCUGUUGCUAAUGGUUCCAGAUUCAGGCUGCUUUUGUCUUCAAUUGAGCAACUUGAGAAAGAGGUUAAUGAAAUCCCAGACACAUCAAUGGCUAUGGAAAGGGAGGAAUGGCUAGGAUUAUUUUCCUCUACUUUAAAGAAGGCUUGUCAAUCAGCUUUGUUUUCUUGGAUGGAAAUGGAGUUCUGCACUGAAAACUGUAAGCCUGACAAGGAGCUUUUGUUCUCUAUGUCAGAGAAGUUGAGAGGAGAUGAUAUUAUCUUAGGGAACAUUAGAAAAUUCGGCAAGAUGGAUCUAUUUGCAGAUUUGAUUGGCUUUCUCAGAUAUGAUUACAUUAGGGAAUGUAGCUACUAUGACCACAAUGUUUAUCCCUUACACGGGUGUGCUAUAUUGGAAGAUCUGAUCAUUACUCUAGCUGAUGCAAUUUCAAGCAUAUAUUUGGAGGUUAUAUCUGUUGACAGUGAUAUUUCUGAAAAGAUUAGCAACUUUGGGUUGUCCUUGUGUACUUUGUCAACAAGAGAUCUGCAGAAAUUAAGAAAUGAGAUAGCUAUGCGCGAGUGGAUUCACCAGAACUUUGGACAAAUUGUAUUGAUGUAUGAGGAUCGAUUUGACCUUCGGGUACUAAAGAUUGAACCUUAUCGUGAUCCAGCAGAAAAGCUCAAGGAAAGUCGUAAGUGGUGGAAAAGACUUACUCUGAAGAAAUCUGUAACAGUGCAGUCCUCACUACGCUAUUCAGUAGUUGGUCCCUUCUCUUUGACCUUAAAGCGCACAAGGGAACUGAGGGCCCUCAAAGGAUGGAAGUACUACUUCAGCCUCAUACUUGAGUUGUCUGACAUAGCAGUGCCAAUGGUCAAAGUAGUUGUUUCUCAGGUUCGCAAUGCCAUCUCAUUCUUCCUCGUUAGCUUGAUUGGACGAUCUGUAGGACUCGUAUAUACCGGGAUUAGGCAAUCCCUAGGGUGGAAGUAAAGAUGACACCUACCACUCUUUCAUCUCAUGCUCCAAUUUUGCUUUGUUAGCUACUAAAAUAGUUGGGUUAUACUGGAUGAAACAACUUGGUUAUUCCAGUGAUUCUUUUCUGGGAUAGUCUUCUGUUUAGCCCAGAACAGUUGUUUCAACUCAUUCUUUUCUCGUAACGAUUCGGCCUGGAAAUGUUAUUUGUUGUUUUAAGCAGGUCUGAAUACGAUUAUUGAUUUUUGGUGGUACUAAUUACAGCACACCCCAAUUUGUUCAA